GUGAUCUGAGGGUUUGCGUAUGGGGUGACAGCCACUUGCACGAGGUGCUACCUGUGAUGUGCUGCUCCUUUGUGUUCCUGGAAGGCUUUGGCUCUCAAUAAGUAACGUGGGAGGUUUAAGCCUACUCAACAUUGUAAGCAAUUUGGGGAAUGCAUCAUGUUCUGGCUCUUUGUAUAGCUCCUACAGCAGUUAAUUGCAUGACAGGGCUUUCUAUGUAUAUGUCAAAACAACGAAAGCAAUAAGGCCACCAGAACAUAAAAUGUGACAAAAGACAAAACCAUCUGCCAUCCUGUCCCGGUUCUGCUGGAGGAAAAUCCUGCCCCUGCCAGGCAGCAAAAGGCAGCCUGGAUCUUUAAGGGCAGCAGUGCCUGGUGCAAUCGUUCCUGGGAACUUUGGAGCAAGCCAGCCCAGAAAGCCUGCGGCUCCUGGCACAGAGGCAAAAUGAACAUUCAAGAGUAUUUCGCAAGAAUUUCUUACGAUGGCUCCCAUAAGGAUGCAGACUUGCAAACCUUAACAGUCAUCUUCCAGCAUCACAUCCAGGCGAUUCCUUUUGAAAACCUCAGCAUGCAUUGUGGGGAGACCAUUGACCUGGAUUUACAAUCUAUUUACAAUAAGAUUGUGAGAAAGAAACGUGGUGGAUGGUGCCUGGAAAGCAACUACCUUUUAUUUUGGGCCUUGAAAGAAAUAGGGUAUGAUGUUUGUAUUCUUGGAGGAAAUAGUUAUGAUCCAGCAGAGAAGGCAUACACUGCUCACAUAAAUCAUAUCCUGCUGAAGGUGGAGAUCAAGGGAAGCCCCUACAUUGUAGAUGCUGGCUUUGGUGGUGCCUAUCAGGCAUGGCAGCCAGUGAUGCUGAUUUCUGGGAAGGAUCAACCCCAGAUCCCUGGCAUCUUCUGCUUCAGGGAAGACAACGGCAUCUGGUACUUUGAGAAAGUCAAAAGGAAGCAUUAUAUUUCUGAGCAAAGCGUCCCUCCCACUAAUACAACAGAAAUGGGCAAUAUCAGAAAAAUAUAUUCAUUCACUCUUAAGCCACGCCAUAUAGAUGACUUCCAGGAGCUAAACACAUACCUACAAGUGUCUCCGGAUAACAUACUUCGGAAGAAGUCAAUCUGCACCCUCCAGACCACUGAAGGGAUUUAUGCCUUAGUCGGGUGGACCUUCACUGAGAUGAAGUACAACUACAUGGAGGACACGGACCUCCUGCAGAUCACAACUCUUACAGACGAAGAGGUUGAGAAGACACUGAAAGAAAAAUUCAAUAUAGUGCUAGAAAACAAACUGGUACCAGUAAACGUUCGUGGCUUGCCACCUAAUAUAGUGGAUAUGAUCUAAUUCUAAAUACUGCUAGAUGGGUCUUUAAAUUUCCAAUAUAAACCUUCUAAAAUUAACAUUAAUAGAAUUAAUCUGAUUCUAAAGUUGAGUUAAUCAGAUGAACACAAAGCUUGGUAAAUUCAAGUAUAUUGUUAAUUAACUGCCUAUACUGAUUUUGUACUUUUUCUUAAACUUCUCCUUUAGAAACUGAAACAUCUCACCACCUUUAAUCUUCUCAUAUGGAAAUUGCAUUUUGUCUCCCUUAAAUUUUGUUCCACCUCUCUGGAUCUCAUGUGCCACAAAGGAAAAAAAAAGCUGUAUUACCAUUUUACACAAGAGAUUUGUAACAUUUUUUGGUAUUAUUUCCAAUCUUCUCGACACAGUUUUACAAAUUAUUGAGUUUCUUUAACAGUCUGAAAUAGAGACUCGAGCUGAAUUUGGACAUCAAAGACUUCCUGAAAAUAAAGAGGUUAAGACUUUCUCAAAAAAAGGCACUAUUAGGUACUGAUUAACUGCUGAUGAAAUAACUUGAAAGACUUGAGUCCUGUUCCGUUACUAGAAAUUGGCUUGAAGUCAGCUAUUUAUGCAAGGACACUUAAACAGAAACAAACAAACAAACAAACAAACCGAAUCCAAACUCUCCAGUCCUGAGUGCCCAAUUUUAGCUGAGUGCACAAUUUUAGCUUUUAGAAUCAAUAGGAGCUGAGACACUUCAACAGUUCUUAAAAAUCAGGCUUUUUGUAUCAGAAGUUGAAACAAUCAAAAUUAGAUCAACCUUUGAAAAAUAUAAUCUAAACUUUUGGGGCCUGACUCUCCUUGACAACUUGACAUCAAACAGGCAUGACAGUAUUAUAGCUAAACUGCUUUAUAUUUAUUACAAGUAGUUUUCUGCACAAAAGCUACAUUAAAGAAGAAAUCCUGGAGAUGCAAAAGAGAGCACUGGGAAGUUAGGACAUACCAGCCGCGUGGUUUCACAGCACAUUGGGUGUAACAUGACAGACUUUUUACUUAUAUGAGGCUGAGUCUUGCGGCAGGUACUGCACAGGAUGCGUAAUGAGAAGGUGACAGAACGACAUUGGUCUUCAGCCAGGAAAAAGACUUUGACACUUAUGUCAGUCAACAAUACCAACUGAUGGGGCAGUUGAUGUGCCUAAAACUCAGGUGCUUCCCAAGAUACAGCCCAACAUGCUCUCUGUCUUCCCAAAAGGGACACCCAGCUUUCCACCUACAUCAAGUGAAGGAGACAUGCUUGACAAGGAGAGAAUCAAACAGCUACACAACGUGAGGAUGCAGAAGGCCAAAUUUUGGAGAAGCAAUGGAUUACUUUGUUCUCACACAACACUGUUCAAAUAAAUAUUUGUCAUGGUAUUCAUUAGGCAUGGCAGCUCCAAAGUAACUACCUGCUCCAGUGGAGGCUUUGAACAGAUCAGAAAGUUCCUUUGUGAGCAAAGACAGGUCAUUUUGUACAUCUGCAGAGCUUGGAAAAAUGGAGCAUGCAGUUCUUCGGCAAUGCAGUGCACCCAGAAGGAAGCAGCUUCCCCACAAAGUGCUGACUCACCAACUAACAAUAAUGCAAUUAUAAAAAAAUUGGAGCCAUUGUGAAUAUCUACAGAAAUUAUGUUACACGGAAAACAAGUUCGGUCUGGUCUCAACCAGCGGAAAACAUAAACUUCUACUAACAGAGAGGAAACAAAGUUUAAUUUGCUCAUGGAUCAGUGAAGUCCAAAAAUGUGCAUUCAGUUUGGGUGGACUCUGCCCUUUCUUGGCAUUUAAGAUUCAGGAGUGAGGGACAACAGAGCUUAAAGAGGAAGACAGCCCUCAAAAUUUGUAUCCACUCCUGGCUGUACCGACUGCUGCCCCAGUAAUAAGCAACCCAGAAGCUGCAAACAUAAACAAAUAAGGUUAUUUUAAGAGGAGGCAUGAACCUUGAAGAAUAUUUUGCAAGAACCGGGUAUAAAGGUUCCCUUGAAAAUCAAGAUCUGGAAACCUUAACUGAUAUAUUCCAGCACCACAUCCGUGCUGUUCCAUUUGAAAACCUCAGCAUCCAUUGUGGGGAGAAAAUUACUUUGGAGCUGGAGCACGUUUAUAACAAAAUCGUGCGGAGGAAGCGCGGUGGCUGGUGCAUGGAAAACAACCAGCUGUUAGGCUGGGUCCUGAAAUGCCUGGGGUACGAUGCCAGCUUUCUGGGAGCGUACGUGUUCAAUCCGCACAAAAACGCAUACGCCACCAUCAUGACCCAUCUCCUAGUCAAGGUAGUUAUUGACGGGAAAGCCUACAUUGUUGAUGGAGGCUUUGGUGUAUCCUAUCAAAUGUGGCAGCCGAUGGAGCUUGUGUCGGGGAAAGACCAGCCCCAGGCACCUGGUGUCUUCCGUUUCACAGAAAAAAAUGCCACCUGGUACCUUGAGAAAAUGAGACGGAAACAAUAUAUCCCCAAUCAAAAUUUCUCAAAUUCUGAUCUUCUAGAGAAAAAAGAGUGUCGGAAAGUGUAUAUGUUCAGUCUUGAACCACGGACAGUGGAAGAUUUCCAUUUCCAGUGUACGUACCUUCAGACGUCUCCAGAUUCCCUCUUUACGAAGAAGUCUAUCUGCACACUCCAGACCACUGAUGGCUUUCGAGCACUCAUCGGGUGGACGCUCACAGAGACCACAUACAAUUACAAGGAAAACAUGGAUCUGGUGGAAUUUAUAACCCUUAAAGAUGAAGAGGUGGAGAAGACACUGAAAGAGAAGUUCAACAUCACUUUAGAGAGAAAACUUAUCCCAAUUAACGUCAAAGGAUUUUACACAAUCUAGAUGACUGGAAAAACCUACGAUAAUGCUACAUGCGUACUGUAUCUUCCAUGGUCUGCGCAAUCACUACUGCGAGAUUUUGGGAUCCUCUUGCAGGCGACUGAAGGAAAAAUACAUUAAUACCAGAUUAAAGGGAAUUUCACUCUGGGGAAAGGAGAAAAUCAGGGAUUUAAGACUCGUCUGUCAGGUAGAUAGAAUUAUUUUCUGUGAGAUGACUGCAGUUCAAUUUUUGGCACAAAUGUAGAGACUGAUUUGAAUCUGGUUAUAAACUUGGGUAAGAAAUAUGUCUGGGUAAUUUUGGAGUGCCUAUAGCACAUAAAUAGGAGUAAGGAUUAUUCAUUGUGAUAUGCUGCCAACACAUUUUCUAUGGUCAUUACAGGAAAAAAGUCAUCUGUGAGCUUUUAGACAACGAAGUAUGCAUUUAAAACUUCAUUUUUCACAAGAUCUAACCACUCACUGCUCAUCUCAUUACCUUUAAUAUAGGUUGAACAAUAUUGCCAUCUUUGAAAGGAACAUUAGGUGUAAUUCUUUCACCAUCAUCCUUAGGUGAAAAUAUAGUACGAAAUGAAAAUUAUCAUCAUGUGCAUCCCUUUUGUCAUUACUGCAGUAAACUGCCCAAAGUAAUUUUUGGUAUGUAGGUAUUUUUCAGUUGAUGCAAACUGUAUGUAUUGCAGCAUUAUUGUGGCUGAUGGAUUCUGAGGAUGUACCCAACACUCUUUGCUUCUUAUAAGUAAUCACCGUAUAAAGGGGUGAAUGGUGCUUAAAUGUCUCAACUAGCUUAGAUUUACUUCUAUUCCAAAUGGGGUAGAAAUUUUGUAUUUUUAGUAUUGUAAGGUAUUUGUAUAACAAAGGUGAAAGAACAAUGAAGCUAACCCCACUUUAGCCGUAAUUCUACCCUGCUACCUCUUUGUGUAUAGCAAAUAUGAGGGUCCAUAUGACUAUACUAAAUGAUUAACACUUAGCACAAGAUCUUUAGUGUCACAAGUUAGUUUCUUCAUCUGUAUUAAAUUGAAAAAAAUAUAUAUAUCCAGGAGCUGACCAAAUCUAAAGGAACUCCUUCCUUUAAAAGUUAUUGUAGAAUUGCAUUUCCACAUU